AUGAUCUACUGUACAUACUGUGGGAGGAGCUUCACCAGGAAGGAACAUUUGGAGAGACAUAUUCCCCAUCAUACCAAUGUCAAACCUCAUAGAUGCAGUGCGUGUCAGCUGUCAUUUGCUCGAAGGGAUCUCCUUCAGAGACACUAUUCGACAUACCACGAAGCGCACCCCAUAGAGCCACCACCGGGAGGCGUCCCAACUGUCGCCGGGAAGACACCUAUUGCCUGCCUCAACUGUGCCCAGGCCAAGACAGGAUGCGAUAAGGGAGUUCCAUGUGCGCGAUGUAAAGACAAGGGCCUGCCUUGUGCAGCACGGUAUGCAAGAAGGUCUUCAAAGGCCGCUCUACGGGCUGCGCAGGCUGCGCAGGCUGCUCAGACAAGCACAUCUCUGGAGGCACCACUACCAACGCCGCCCUUGCAUCCAGAGGGCAUGCCCGCGGCCACAAUGAACCCAGCCAUGAUGGACAUCGACACAAGCAUCAUAAGACAGAAUACUCCCACGAAAGCAUCCCUUUCUCCUGCGGCUAGUGUCAAUAUUGAUCCUGUGCUCCAACAGGACAGUACCUCAAAGAAAAGCUCACCUACUAGCUGUCAUGUAAGCCCUGACGGCUUCCCUUCGCCACACAACACCGAAGGAUUAGAUGACUUCAUGCUUGGGAAUGACUUCAUCACACAAGAACCGAACUACCAGGAUAUGCUGGUCUGGUCAGAUUACCCAUUAGAUCUUGAUAUGUAUUCAGGUAGUGUUCCUAUGGUGCGGCCAGAUGUGUCAAUGCCCACAUUUACAGCAUUGAGUGAUAUGUCUUCCUCAAACUCAGAACACACAAACUCUACAAGAGGGUCAGUACACACCAGAAGCACCAGUAUUGUCUCCAGCAAUGAGUUUGAACCGACUAGCAAGCCUAUCGACCUCGGUAUCCGUGCUCCGACGGAGUUUCCUGAAUUUGAAGCGGUCAUCGCAGCUGAAGCUGCCUGGCCUCUGGCUCGAUGCAACCCACCCAUUUACUCUGGCGCAUGUCCACGCACCGCACUUGUGCAUUUGGAGUGCCUUGAGCAGAAAUCACAGCACGAAGGCACGUGGAGUGCUUUAGAGCAAUACUUGUCCCAGAUCGACUGGGAUAGCUCAGAUCUUGCUUCUGUGGUGCCAAUGACUUCUCGCUCCCGAGACAGGAUGUUGGCAAUCACACAAGCAUUUCUACAUAAAGCUCUGGAAAUCCACCGUGGGGGUGUACAUGGUCUGGGAAAGUCAGCUUACGGCAACUCAGGGAUGCUCACAUUUUUGGUGCUCCCUCCAUCAAAAAUUCUCGAGUUCUUCUUACGGAGCUAUGUCCGAAGCCUUACAUUCUUUUAUUCACUCGUCGCAACAGGAUGCGUUGAUCCAAAUGAGAUGCUUCAAAACAAUCAAGCUUCGACACUGCUUGUGCUUCUGAUGGUCGCUCAAGGCGCAUCGGCGGUGCCUACAGCUGAGGCACGGGCGCUAUCUGCUGGGCUUAUCGAGACUUGCAGAAUCUCACUCUUUGAUAUAAUCGAAAAAGAUAUUGAGAUGUGUGCCGAUCCUGUUGCUCUCCGAUCUGCCCUUCUCUUUACCUUAUUAGGUGCAUGGAGCGGAGAUAAGUGGUUGAUGGACAUCGCCAUGGGACAGCGCGGCAUGUAUCUUUCUAUGUUGAAGCAUUCUGGAAUGCUUGCUUCUCAGCCAACGAUGAUUCCGUCCUUGCAGGGCCCAGUGAAUACGGAACUGCAGUGGAGAGCAUGGCUUCAUCGUGAAACACAGAAUAGACUGGUCUACAACUGGGUUAUGGUCGACCAGGAACUUAGCCUGUUCCACGAUACUGCCCCAAUGCUCUCCGUCAGCGAGCUCUGUGCACCUCUCCCUGGCCCAGAGCUGCUUUGGAUGUCUGCCAAUGCCGAACAGUGGCUCGCAGCUAUGCAAUCCAUCUAUGGAUGUACAGCCAAUGUGAACCCACAACUUCUUACUACCACACCUUCUUUAACACCGUCAUUAUAUGACCUCUUCCAAGAUUUCCUGCACGACAACUUGUCACGGAGGCAAAGCAGCUUGACUCCGCAUCAACUGCGUCUUCUGUUGCAUCCCCUGCAGAACCUGCUCUGCCACCUCCGGCAGAUGCUUACAUGCUUCUCCGAUGUUCUGAGCGCUCGUCGUACAACAUCACGAACAGUUACCAAAGCAUCCACCAUGCUGCGACUCGAAGAGGUACAAGCGCUCCUCCAAAAGUGGUACGAGCUCUCGAUUGCCUACUUCAAAGCCAACCCCACCUGUCCUGUCAGCAAGACCAACCUGGUGCUCUAUCACUUGAUCUCGCUGAAUGCAGUAACAAACUUCCCCGAGAUUGAGCGUCUAGCACGACGGGAAGGCUUUGAUGGAUCUUAUUGGGAGCUUUCACUCCGUCACAAGCGCUGCAUCUACCAGCGCGAGGAGUCGAUAUUUCACUGCGGUCAGGUCCUCCGUCUGAUCCGCAGCAUGCCUGGAGACCGCCGACCAACUUGGUGGAGCACGGCUAUUUACCGUGCAACUUUGAUUCUCUGGACAGACAGUGUAUCCCGACUAGAUCCAAACUUCCCAAAGACAGAUCUCUCCGGUGCUCCUGUAGCCAUUGACCAGGUCACUCCCGAGGAUCCAGCACUCAUCACCUAUCUAUGGAACACUGAUGGCAUUCCAAUCCUCACACGCUCUGAUGGUGCGACCAUCAGUCUAGAGCAUCCCUCCGAUGUUCUCGGCUAUGCCGUGAAAGCCGUCGAAGAGGGCGUGAGCUGCAGACUAAGUGACGGAAUUAAGCGAAAGCUGGUUGCUCUAUGCAACAAUUGGAACGUUGUUGGCCUGGGUGCUGCCAGUGUCUAA